AUGGUCAAGCUCGGUGGAGGAAAACAUUCCAAGCGGGUGCCAGUCCGUCUCAGACACAAGAUUGAGAAAGCCUCUGUUGCCAAGCAGAAGAAGGCGAGAAAGCUUGCGAAGCAGAACCCAGAAUGGCGGUCUAAGAUUAAGAAGGACCCGGGUAUUCCCAGUCUGUUCCCCUUCAAGGAGAAGAUGCUCCAUGAUAUCGAGGAGAAAAAGCGCUUGAAGAUUGAGGACCAGGAGCGUAUUCGCGAAGAGGCACGGGUCCGCCGCGCCGAGGCCAAGCAGGCAAAGAGUAGCGGCGGCGACCAGCCUAUGGCUAUCGUGGACGAGGACGACCUAGACGAUGAUAUGGAUGAAGAGGGAGAUGAGUCAAACCCCAUGGCCGCUCUCCUUGCCUCGGCGCGAGCUCGCGCUGCGGACUAUGAUGGAGAGCACGAGGUGGACGACGAGAUGGAAGAUGAUGAUGACGACGAGAUGGACGAGGACGAUGAGGAGGAGGGUGCUGUGACCUUUGAGGACGUAACUGUCUCUGAAAGUGCACCGGGUGCCUCCAAGGAGGGCUCACGACGACAAUUCGACAAGGUCUUCAAGGCCGUCACUGAUGCCGCGGAUGUCAUCCUAUACGUGCUUGACGCACGCGACCCUGAGGGCACCCGGUCGAAGGAGGUUGAGCGCGAAAUCAUGGCUGCCGACGGUGGCUCAAAGCGGUUGAUUCUCAUUCUGAACAAGAUUGAUCUAGUUCCCCCGCCAGUGCUGAAAGCUUGGUUGAUUCACCUGCGCCGAUACUUCCCUACUUUGCCCUUGAAGGCCUCGAACGGCUCUGGCAACGCACACAGCUUCGACCACAAGCAGUUGACUGUCAAGGGAACCUCAGAGACUCUGUUCCGCGCUCUCAAAUCCUACGCACACGGCAAGCAGCUCAAGCGCUCCGUCUCCGUCGGUGUCAUUGGAUACCCUAACGUUGGAAAGUCGUCGGUCAUCAAUGCGUUGACAGCACGCCUCAACAAGGGUUCCAGCAAUGCCUGCCCGACAGGUGCUGAAGCUGGCGUGACGACUAACAUGCGUAACGUCAAGCUGGACAACAAGCUGAAGCUGAUUGACUCCCCUGGAAUCGUAUUCCCCAGCUCCAACGGCAAGACUGGCAAGAAGUCUAAGGAGAAUGAGCAAGCCCGUCUAGUCCUGCUCAAUGCCAUCCCCCCUAAGCAGAUUUUGGAUCCCGUCGCUGCAGUUAACCUGCUUGUCAAGCGUCUGUCAGCCUCAGAGAAUCUUAUCACUAAGAUGCUCGAAGUGUACGGCAUCACCCACCUCUUCCCCACCAACGGAGACAAGACCACCGACUUCCUGAUCCAGGUUGCACGCAAACGCGGACGUCUUGGAAAGGGAGGUAAGCCCAACAUCGAGAGUGCCGCUAUGACCGUGAUCAACGACUGGAGAGACGGUCGCAUCCAGGGCUGGGCCAGCGCACCUGUGCUGCCUGUCAUCACAUCUGUCGACACUGGAGCUAAGACUGUUGUCGAACCCGAUGCGGAUAUUACACAGGUUGUCACAGAAUGGGCUAAAGAAUUCAAGAUCGAGGGUCUAUGGGGUAACGGAGAGGGCGAAGACGAGGAGAUGGCCGAGUAG